AUGCGAGUCAAGCGUCAAAAACCAGAUGACUUGAUCGAUGCGUUGAAACACCUUAAAAUUGCGGAUCGUCGUUCUCGUCUUUCCUUUCGCGGUGGAAGACCAACCGGUUCCCUUGCUUUUCUGGGUAGUUCCUCAUUAGAACAGACACUUCGGUGUCGCCUGACCCGAUCGGCAUCUUCCAACUCGGCUGGCAUUCAUCAUUAUGGCGCAUUUAGUAAUUACCCCUGUGAUUGCUGCUGUGCAAUGGGACACCAUCAAACACGUGCCGAUCCUAUCGACGUCGUGGAAUGUCCCAUGUGUUCACGUCUCAGCUGCCGUGGCUCGACUCAACUGGCCGGUGGUUUAUCCCCAAUCCCGGCGGUGAAUUCGGCUGCAGUGUCAGCUGGUUCGGGUUUCACCACAUCCGCCGGUCUUCUGUAUAGCACACUUCCCACUAAUCUAGAAUUUCGACAUGGUCGUCAUCCAGAUUUGUCGCACUCACAACAUGUACUUCAGUCUGACAAGUUGCGACGCUCUUGUGGUGCUGGACUAAGUCACCUUGACUUUGAUCCGGUAAUCUUCGAGACCGGUGAUCUUUGUGGCUCCGAAUGCGCUUCGAGUAGCAGUAUUAUCACACGGUGCCGUCGUAAUUCCGAUCCGGAGCAGUGGCAGUUGGUCAAAACAAUGCGCAUAUGCACGACUGACGACCCUCCGCGAGUGAACCAAAUCACUAAUCGGGGUGACACACAGCCACUGUCUUAUUCUCGACCUGCAUGUGACCUUCAAACGGGACAACUGGGCGUUGGAUCUAAUGCUCAUCGCUCAUUUCUGACACGCUCGUUACAAACAGACGAUCAAAGAUCCCAUUGGAAUUUCUGCUCAACACAAAGAAAUGUAAGCCGCGUAAGUACGGAAGACCCGAGCACUUACUAUCGCGACCCGCUGUUGGCCAAUCCUCAUUCCACGGUGUUUCGUGACGGAAUUGAAUAUACGGGAGUUAGAACAAAUCCGGUUUCCAGUUUGCACCCUCCGCGACUCCAGGCGCAGCAGCAUCAAGAACAAGGCAGCUUGUCCGAACCAUCUCACAAGAUGGAUUGUUCAUUAAGGUCGUUCAGUUUUCGUCCGUCGGUGUUAUCUUCACAGUUUCCUGAGGCCAGUCAACCACCAUCCUCGGCAGUCUCGUCCACUACUCUCGUCCCCGGUCCUUUUCAUUUGUCCACAAAACCUUGCGGUGAUUCGAUCGGAUCCACUUCGUCCAAUCCCGGAUCGAAACAAGUGAAUAUCUGUCCCGAGGACUCAUCUCUAUCAUGGAGCGGAAUGAAAGAGCCUUCUGCAUCAACUGUCGAUAGACAAACACAAUCCGUAGUUGCCAUCCUACAGAGUGACGAUGGAACAUCGAUGCAAUCGCUUCAACAAAAUUUGCCAUUGUUGGAGGGGAGUAGUGACACGACAAAUGGAGGGGCUGGACGAUCACAGUUGACUUCCGAUAUCUCAGUAAACGAACUGGCUGCCUACAUGGAACAUAUGGUUCACAUUCCUGGUCGAAUGUCCGAAAUGGCACAACGAAUGUAUCUAUGA